AGUGACGUUAGAAGCGAAUGUACCCCUUUGCCUCUAGCGGGCACCGUCAUUGCCCGGAUUAAGAAGAACGGAACGGAAACAAAAAUGAAGAAACUCGUCGCAAUUUUCAUGUGUUUGAUCCUUUUCACCGCCCUCGCAGGCGCCACACCAGUUAUCAAAGAGAGCUUUGCCAAACAACUUUUACGCAGCAAGAGGCAGGAGCGACCGCGGAAGGCGGGCUUUCCUGAUGAGCCAAUGAGGGAGCACAUGCUGUACCUUCAGCAGCUGGACCAGAGGGCCCAAGAGACCAACCUGGAGAACUGGCUCAAUCCUCACUGCUACCCUCGCUGUGAUCGCAACUACGGCUACCCCGUGUAGCCUGUUUCCAUGGACGGACACUCAGCAGACUGUGGACAAUGGAACAAAGUUGAAAGCAAGAACUGUGAUUCUUUUUAUGUGUAUUUUGCUUGCAUAACAGUAUGCUAAUGCAUGUAAGGCUUACAUGAAACAAAAAUUCUGCAGGCUGACUCAAGUACAGAAAUCGCAAAUCGUCUAUAUCUUGCUUUUGUUGCAUGCUUUACCACAUUAUACCAUACAGUAUUAAAUAAAGGGCAUGUAUUCAACAUUA